GAAGAAAUAGUCGAGGUGUGGGAUGGUGAAAAAGUGACACCUUUUGAGUAUCCGGUAAAGAUAUUUUCUGAACAAUGUGCUGGAACCGCACCACUUCCUUUAUCCAAAAAUAUCAGUAUAACUUGUAUGCCUCAAUGGAAUAAUAUAUUUGAUGAAAAACAUUGUAUCGGUUUAAAAUAUCUUAACGUAAGCCACUAUUUGCGCAAAUAUUCUACUGAGAGGGAUGGUAAUCGAACGAUAGUAUCAAUGGAAGGUAUUUCGGAAGAAAGUCAUCUGAUCCGUUGGUUGUACUGGAAUGGUACAGCCUGUAUCAAUGCCGUUUCGCAGGUGUUAAUUAAAUUUAUCACUCAUAAUGGAUUAUUGGAUGAUAUAUUAGCAAGUGUUCAUUAUGCUAAUAUAACCGAACAAAGUUAUUUUCAACAAUUAUAUCAAUUUGAUGCAAUUUUUAUUGAAGCUUUAUCCACUUCAAAUGCUACAGAAGUGAAAAAGCCAUUGGGAUAUGAUAUGAGACAAAUAAUUCGAAUUGAUAGUACCACAAAUGCGGAAUUUUCAUUUUUAUCCGGAAUGGAAUGCAACAGUCGGAAUCAACAAGUUAAUAUACGAUUUGGUAUUCAAAUUAAUACAGCCUGUCGUCUAAGAAUUACGACAUGCGCUCAGAUAUUGGAUCAAAUUCAACAUUUACUCAAUGAAUGGAAUGAUAUUAUUGUUUACAGCUUACCGUAUAAUACAAAUGAAACAAUUACUAUGCGAAAUAAUAAAUUAUUAUUCACAGAAACGAAUAAAUUGGAUGAAAGUUGUGAAUUAAUAACAGCUGCAUCGAUCAAAUUUGCAUAUGUACGAAUUGGAAAUAUUCAAUCUUACUCUCAUCGUUUAAUCUCAUAUGAAAUUGAAUUAAGUCUUUAUACCAUCUUAUAUGUUGUAUUUAUCAUUGAAAGUACCACAGCAUUGGGCGGUAUAUUUGCUUUAAAAGCUCUUACCGGUAAUAUGCCAUAUGUUGGUUUUGGUAAUCCAUGGAUUACCUAUCCUACAGUUAGUUAUGGUGGAGCUAGUAUUUAUUCACCAUAUAUGUCAAGAGGAUAUGGUAGCAAUACAUUUGGUAGAUUUGGUAAUACAGGCAUAUAUUAUCCAUAUCGACAAUAUUUCGGAUCACAAUCAUUAAUACGAAAUUCGUUGACGACUCCAGCAGAAUUAACGAAUUCGUUGACUACAACAUUAUCAGGCGGUGGACGAUAUUAUAGGGGAAGAGGAAAUCCUUGGAUUACCAAACAAUAG